AUGGCGUCUCCAGCCGACUUUUCCAUCGUUCCACCUCCUGCUUCCUACCCCACCGAAACGUACAAAAACUACAAGGUCUUUCCCGACUUUGUCGAGGAAGCUAUGGACAAGAUUCUAUCCGAGGAAGCCCGCCUUGAAGAGUCGCGAAGCAACGACUGGCCAUUCUACUCAGGUGCUGAUGGGUCUGGAGACUCACCAGCUUCUUACAAAUUACGAAACGGGGCUGCCGAUAAGAAAGACUCACCCCUGUCGACACCUAGAGUGAUGACGAAGAGCAGGGCGAAAAAGACCACCAAGUCCACCAAGCCAAAAAAGAAGCGGUCUGCGGCCAAGAGGGAGAUCACGGUCAUUGAUCUUCGCAGCGAUGAUGAAAGUCCUUUGCCGAAAGAUACGGACAUCGAUCACGAUAAGCACGAUGAGCUCCAGGACCCCCAGGACCCCCAGGACCCCCAGGAGAGGAAUGUUGAUGUCAAUUCCCAGGCGGUUGCUACCAUUGAGGGCGAUUCUGACGACACAUCGGAAAUUUUUGAUGCCAUGGAAAGUGGAGUGGGCACCGUCAAUGUGAACAUAAUCAACCCGAAGACUGUCCAUGUGAAUAUUGUCAAUGCAAAGACCGUCGAAUCCGGCCCUAUGCAUGUGAAGAAUAUCGAAGCGAAUGUUGCUGCCGGUGAUAGGAUUUGUGUAUCCGAAAAUGGAGUGAGGAACUCAGGGGAAGACUUCAAAGAGGAGCAACUCAUCUUCUCCUCUGUCACAGAAUCUGUGAAAGGGCAUGUGCUGCAUUUUAUUGUGGCACACCCGUUCAUGUCUCAGUUCGUGCAACCCGUGAAACGCUCUGCACGGCGUCAAUUUAUCACGGACAUGUGCAAGGAAGCUCUCUCAAAGGGAGUGGAUCCUGGGGUGAUCUGGGACUUGAUAAAGUAUGUGCGCAGGCUAUAUCUCGAUCGUGCCGGUGUCCGUGCGGAACCUCUUGCGCCUGGGCUUGAGGACAUUCCCUUCGGAGAAGAGGUUGACGAUGAGCCUGAGUCGCAUUCCCCGUCUCGAAAGAGUCGCAAACGAAGCCGCAAGGAGGGGUCUCCGAGCCCGAAGAAUAAGAGAAGCAAGAGACAUCUACUUGAAUCCCAAAAGGCCCCGCAGCCAGUCACAGUGUCCGAGGUCAUUGAAAUUGCCGAUGAUGCCAAUCCACCAUCUCCCGAGCUUCCAAAUUCUCCGAGCUACACGAAAGAUGAACAAACUACUGUUUUUCAAGUCCAGAGCACUCCCGACUCGCCCCUCAACGCCAUCGUUACCGACGGUGACGAAUUCCCUAAUGGGGUUGUCGAAAAUCAUUUUCUCGAAAGCACACCUGAACUACCAUCUCAUCUGCUUGAUGUUCAGGCCCAAGAGAACCAUGAAAGGACCACCAAUGUCCAGGUCGAAAGCACGCCCGAUUUGCCCCUUGAAACAGGUGAUGCCACUGUAUCACAAACUGCAGAUACCCUUCCGACAGAGGACCUCAUUCAGCCGAGUGUCCCGAUCGAAAGAACGAUUUCUGCCGACGAUAAGAAGGAAGGUCUCAAAGACGCCCAAGAAGCCAGCAAUCUCCCAAGGGCGAGAGACUCUGCGAAUGACGAGGUUGUGCCCGAGGGCCUGCGCAAACCAGAAAUUCCACCAGAGACCGCAGCAGACAGAAUGCCCGAAUACUUGAAUCCAAUAAUGGCUCUCGAGCAGAACAAGAAUCAUCCUGACAAUCUUUCGAAGAGCCAGAAGAGGAAAGCAAGAAGACAACAACUCAAUAAAGCCCCACAAGAAGAGAGAACUACUGAGACGAAGGAUAAUAUUCAGCCGACUCCUCCGCUUCAAAAGCUUGUCGCUUGUGGCGUUGGUGAUGCAGCUCACAAAACCUCUGAAGCUGGAACGAGCGUGAAUGUCGAAUGCUCCCCUGGCAACUUGGAUGUAUCAAAUGAUCUACCUGAGGCGGUGGCCAAUUUGAUCCAGGAGAACUUAUUUCCUGACCUACCUUCUGUGCCGACCAGUAAAGCCACCACAAAGCUGUCGAAGAAUCAGAAAAGACAGGAAAGAAAAAAAGCGAAGCGGGAGAAAAAGGCGAAGAAGAAUCAAGAAAGGAGGGAAAAGGAGCUGAAAGCGCAACAACAGCCCACGAACUCCUGGCUCAAGCAUCGCAACAUCCUUCAUUUACAAGACACCCCGGCACAGGCACUGCAAACGAAGAAAAAUCAAGCUCACGUGCCUUUGUCUAAACCACUAGCAAUAGAUCCCGAACCGAGGAAAGAAAGGAAACGGAAAGAGCGCGAGCACAAACGAGAACAGAAGAGAGAGCGGAAGCGGAAGCGCGAAUCUUCAAAACUCGAAACGAACAGCAACACCAUUGACGAUGGUCAAAAUCAAGACGAUCUGCUUGCAAUCGAGGCUCCCGAGCUUGGCGAGCAGGAGCUCAAAAAACAAGCCAAGAAAGAACGGAAGAAAGAGCGCAAGCGUCAGGAGCGGUCUUUGGCGUCGCAUCACGAUGAGGGCGAUGUGAAAGACGAUGAAGCCACCCCAGAUAUUCCGUUCCUAGAUCGCUCAAAUGAGUCUCACGAACUCUCAAAUGAUCGCGGAGAAGAUGUGGUAUCUUCAGAUCACGACGAGCCAAAGGCCCGAGUCUACAUUGCACGGGAAACACCUCGGCCUGAAAAUACUGUUGCGAAGAAGUCGUUUUCACCAUCGAGCACUCAGCCACAGACCCCUGUCAAGUCAACUCCUCAACGCGAGGUUGCUGGUGUUGAGUCAAUGUUAAUUUCGACCCCGUCAUCGAGUGCUUCCCGAUCGAGAUACGGGCCCUUGUCACCUGAUCCAAGGGAGUGGGACACGGAUUUUUGA